AUGUCGUCGAAAUCCAUUCUCCAAGAACCAGUGGCUAUCGUAGAUAUUGUUUGUGAAUUUACAGGCGAUAUACAUUCGCCAACGGAUUUAUGGCAUGCACUCGAGCAUAGCCGAGAUGUCGGCACGGCAAUUCCAGCCGAACGAACCGAUUUCGUCUCAUCUUGUGCUCAUAUGCUCAACCAAGAUAAAGACGGUCAGUUCUACAAGCAUCUUUUCCGUGCAGGCUAUUUUCUUUCAAACUAGAACUGGGAUACCUUCGAACCAAGCUUUUUUGGACUUUCCGAUGGCGAGACCACUAGUAUUGACCCAGCUCAUCGUUUGCUGAUGCUUAAGUUUGUUCAUUUGCUCGACGAUGCU